UCAAACCGCCUCUCAGCCAAUCGGGGAGCAGACGGGACGGUCUCGGCCAAUGGCCGCCGCGCAUGCUAAUGAGGGCCGACGCCGCGAGGAGGGCCCGGUUCAAAAGUGGUGGCUAUUGUCGCUGAGGGCUGAGCGCGCCGGGCCGGCCCCACCGUGGGGCCGCGCGGGACGCACGCGGGUGGACGCGGGGAUCUAGCCCAUGGCCGGGGCCGCCACGGCCGAGCGGGGCCGCGUGCCUCCCUCCGCGCCCGCGCCCGCGCCCAGCACCGAGGGGCUCCCGCGCGCCUUCCUGCAGAGCCUGCGCACCCUGUUCGACAUCCUGGACGACCGGCGGCGCGGCUGCGUGCACCUGCGCGAGAUCGAGUCCCGCUGGCAGGGCGCCGACGCGCGCGAGCUGCCCCGCGGCGUGCUCGAGGGCCUGCGCCGGGUGGCCCCGGCCAGCGGCUACCUGACCUUCGAGCGCUUCGUGGCCGGCCUGCGGUCCUCGCUGCUGAGCGCCGACGGCGGCCCUCGGGAUCCCACGCGCGCCCCGGUCCGGCCCGGGGACCAGCCGCCGCCGCCGCGGCCGCCGCAGCGCCUGGUGUUCGGGCCGGCGGACGAGCCGCGGACUGUUCUGGAGAGGAAGCCCCUGAGCGCGCGCGCCCCUCCUGCCGGCCCCAGCGUCGCGGCCCGCAGCCCGGAGCAGCUGUGCGCCCUGGCCGAGGCGGCGGCCUGCCCCGCGGAGCCCGAGCGGCCCCAGAGCGCGGCACUGGAACGGAGCCCGAGCGCGGACGCAGGUGCAGCGGCCUGCAGAGCCCUGGAGACAGACUCAGGGGAUGCCCAGCGGGCCCCCCGUGCCCGAGGGGAACGUCGGAGGCACACCAUCACCAGUGGCGUGGACUGCAGCCUGCUGAAGCAGAUGAAGGAGCUGGAGCAGGAGAAGGAGGUGCUGCUGCAGGGUCUGGAGAUGAUGGCACGGGGCCGUGACUGGUACCAGCAGCAGCUGCAGCGAGUGCAGGAGCGACAGCGCCGCCUGGGCCAGAGUAGAGCCAGCACCGACUUUGGGGCUGCAGAGAGCCCUCGCCCACUGGGGCGACUCCUGCCCAAGGUACAGGAGGUGGCCCGGUGCCUGGGGGAGCUGCUUGUUGCAGCCUGUACCAGCCAGGCCCUGCCAACGUCCUCCUCUGGGCCCCCCUGCCCUGCCCUGCCGUCGACUUCGUCCCCAGGCUGGCAGCAGCAGACCAUCCUCAUGCUGAAAGAGCAAAACCGACUCCUCACCCAGGAGGUGACGGAGAAGAGUGAGCGCAUCACACAGCUGGAGCAGGAGAAGUCGGCGCUCAUUAAGCAGCUGUUUGAGGCCCGGGCCCUGAGCCAGCAGGAUGGAGGGACUCUGGACUCCACCUUCAUCUAGCCUGUGAGGGGCGAGCAGGCCCCGGGGCUGGCCUGGCGCUCAGCCCUUCGAGGGCGGGCGCCCUGUCGCACCCACACUCUCUGGCUGGAGACCCCGGCAGGCCCAGGCCCAGUCCCUGAGUGGGCGCCUUCCUGUUCCCCUUGCCAUCCAGGCUCCUCAGGCCUGCCCCAGCCUGGCACUGAGCCCUUGACUCUGUUUUGGCUUCUGGUGCUGACAUGGGCUGGGGCUCUCUUGAGUCUGCAUUGCUUGCAGCGACUCCUGCCGCUGUCAGUGGACUUCCCACAGCGGCCAACAGAUGAAGCAGUGCACUUCCCACAGCGGCCAACAGAGGGAGCUGGCGGCUCCGACGCGGGUCCCAGGGCAGCUUCCCUCCAUCAGCCUGGGCUCAGGACAGGGUGGCUGUGGCUCGGACGGAGCAAUGAAGGGGGUGGGGGGGCCCUAAGUGGGGGUGCCCUCCUGGCAGGGCAGUCCCAGGGACGGCGGUCAGACUUCAGGUCCUGGCCAAGGCUGAGGGACUCUGCCUGAGCGGAUCUGGGAGCCAGGUGGGCGAGAGCGUGGGCUGCCUGUGUAGAUCCCGGGUGUGGCCUUCUUCACCCCAGCCAGGACGCUGCCCCGCGUGGAGUCCCAUAGAACAACCUGUGAACCUGGCUCCCCAGGAGGGCCGUAUCCACAGGAUGGGGGGGGUCAGCCUGGGCCCCCAGACAGCUCCCAGGCACGUUGCAGGCAGAGCCUGUCCCCCACACUCAGGAUUCCUGAAGUCUGGGGUCCUGCUCACCCCGUUUUCCUCCCAUGCCUAGCCUGACCCCAGGUUUCAGCAGGGAGAGGCUACUUCCCUCAGCCAAGGAAAAGGAGAAGCCCCAGAGUAUAGGAGGAGGCUGGGGCAGGUCCCCUUGGGUGUCACGCCCUGCCCCGGCUCAGUCCCGCGGGUGCUGGAGUGGUCACUGGUCGGGGACCCAGUGCCACCAGAGCCAGGGGCACAGCAAUGUCAUGGGCAGGUUCUGCAGCCCAGGGCCCCCAAUGUGGAAUCAGUGUGUGGGGGGUGCAGGGACCCCAGUACAGGGUCAGUGUGUGUGGGAUGCAGACACCUCCAUGUGGGGUCAGUGUGUGUGGGGUGCAGGAUCAGUGUCGGGGUGGUGUAGACACCUCCAUGCAGGGUCAGUGUGGGGGGGGCACAGAGACCCCUCAUGUCCAGGGUACUUUGGUGUACUGUCCCAGAGGAGGGGUCCUGGCAGGCAGUGCAGCAACUCGCUUCUGGAACCCAGCUCCACAUUCACCUGCCUACAGCAACCCCACGGAGCCACGUUCCCCCCUGCACCCAGCCUGCCAGGGAUGUCCCAAGACAGGCCCAAGCCAACCCAGGGUACAGCUGCCCUCCUUGCCUGAGGAUGGGAGUGGACUUUCUAGGGGACAUGAGGAUGCCAGGCCUGGACCUCCUGGGCAGGAAAGGAAGAGGGUUCCAAAGGCCUGUGCCCCCCAUCUCCAGCACCAGGUAGACUGCUGCACAGUGGGUGAGCUAGCAACAGUAGAGAGAAGCCCCCUCCCCCAUCAGCAGCAGGCUGAGGUCUGCCCACUAGGGCCUCCCCACAUUUGUCUUUGAGGGUGCCUGCCAUGCCCUGGGGGAUCCUGGCAUCCUUACAGGACUGGAAGCAGGAGACCCAACCAUGUCAGUCCCAGGGUGACCUCAUCAGAAGACCGCCCACAGAGAGCUGGACCCCGAAGCUAAAGCAGAAAUGUGAGAUAGGCUGGCACCUCCGGAAAAACUGCCUCUCAGCCUUUGGUUCCAUGCAAGGUGAAGAAAAAUAGGUCCUCCAAGUUUACAGCUUGAAAUCAGGCUAUUGUGUGUUCCAAGAGGCCAUGGGCUGUGAAGGUAAAGUGGCCCCUGUUGGCAGGGCCCAGGUGGCUGGCAGAGCUACAUGCACACCCUGCCUGGAGCCCACCCUGGUGACACUGAUGAGUCAGUCUCCAUCCAGGAUGUGAGCAGCAUCCCUGGCCUGUAUCCAUGAGGUGCCAGUAACAUGUACAGGAUCAUCCACGCGUGUGCACACACAGUUAUGUCACCCACAAACGUCUCAGGAUGUCAAAAUAAGUCCCUAGGGGCAGAAGUGCCCUGGUUGAGGAUCUGCCCCAGAGGAACACAACCACACCAGGCCUCAGGAUUUUGUGUUGGCCAAGUUCCAUGGAAAAGGGACAUCUCAGCCGGGCACGGUGGCUCACGCCUGGAAUUCCAGCACUUGAGACCAGGAGUUCGAGACCAGCCUGGGCAACAUAGUGAAAGACCCCAUCUGUACACAAAAGAAAAUGAGAUACCCAGUUCUAAAAAUUCAUAAACAUUCAAAACAGUACACUGAGACCCAGCAGAAACAACAGAUAGACUCUAGACACAGAUACUGGAAUAUCAAGAGAAUAUACAGUAACUUUUAUAUAUCUACAGAAAUAAAAGAGGUUUCUGGAAAUACAAACAA